AUGGAAGAAAACACCAAUGUAUGGGAAAGAGCCGAAGAAUUUGAUCCUGAAAGAUUCGACUUGGAAGGUCCAGUUCCAAACGAAACGAAUACUGACUUUAGAUUCAUCCCGUUUAGUGGAGGGCCACGAAAAUGUGUUGGUGAUCAAUUUGCCUUGUUGGAAGCUACAGUUGCUCUUGCGAUAUUUUUGCAGAACUUCUCGUUCGAGUUGAUUCCAGAUCAAAAUAUUAGCAUGACUACUGGAGCAACCAUUCAUACGACAAACAAAACCUGUUCUUCCCUCAUAUUUUAUGUUCUUAUGCAGGACCCUUCCUCUUUGAAAAAAGCACAUGAAGAAGUUGACAGAGUUUUGGGAGGACGCUCUCCGACUUAUGAAGACAUGAAGAAUCUCAAGUACUUGACACGGUGCAUAACUGAGUCACUCCGACUCUAUCCACAUCUACCUGUCCUAAUAAGAAGAGCUCUAGUAGCUGCUGUGCUCCCCGGAAAUUACAAGGUCAAUGCUGGUCAAGAUAUAAUGAUCUCGGUAUAUAACGUUCAUCAUUCUUCAGAGGUAAAAUCUAAGACCUCAUUUUUAUCUAUUGAAAUGUUUUCUUCCUGCCUAUUUACUUGUUGCAGAUUCAUCCCCUUUAGUGGAGGGCCACGAAAAUGCGUUGGUGAUCAAUUUGCCUUGUUGGAAGCUACAGUUGCUCUUGCGAUAUCACUGCAUCAUCAGGAUUUUGGUCUUCUUUUCGUUCAAAAUAUUAGCAUGACUACCGGAGCAACUAUUCAUACGACAAACGGUUUAUACAUGAAAGUGAAGCAAAGGCAAAAAGAAUCUGUUUUGGCUGCUGCCCUGUAAAUUUUGUCACAGUAGAAAAGUUAUCUUGAUUCUUUAGAUAGA